CAGGGCCGUGGGGGUAUCCUAGAAUUUUCUUAUAAGGAGAUGACACACCCGGCGGGUCUUUGCAAUAGGUGAAUGUUGCCAGAUGAGUUGUGGGUGCCGGACUGGGUCGGCAUCCCUGUCGGCGGGGCUUCGAAAGGCGAUUCUGAGGAGGCGGGGCUUGCAGAGCGCCGGGGCGGGCACUUGACUAAGGGGCGGGCCUGGAGUGCCAGUCUGGCGGCUGGAGCCUACAAACGUACUAGGGGGCAGGGCUCGAAAUUGUGAGGACUGACUGGAGGUUUCUAGGCUAAUUAGAGGGCGGGUCUGGAAUGUUCAGGAGCUGAAUCCCGGGUGGGCUUCCCUGGUGGGCCUCAGGGUGUUACUGGAGGGGCGGGUUCUGCGUGUUAUUAGAGGGAGGUAGGAGCGUCCGGUGGCUCAUUCAAAUAGCCUGGCCCUGGAUUAUUAAGAAUUGAGUGAUCAUGUCAGUUAUUCGUGUGGGCGGAGCCUAUUUCAAUAGGUGGGCGAGUUUGCAUUCUCAAGCCGUUAGCGUGGUGGAUUCUGCGGAGAUAGAGGUCACAGACAGUCGCCUUCCUAAAGCCACUUUGGUGGAACACCAGCCUCAGGUACCACCUCGUCCUCCUAAUCGAGGCCACCUACCUCUAGACUGGCAAUGUAUGUACACUUGUGUCCUUACUCCAGCAUCGUCAGUCAGAGACCAUGUGUACAUGUACCGCGUCUUCCCAAGUGACCCAGGUGGAUGUCGAGGUGUAGCUGGAGAUGCUACUUUGACAGUGCACAGGCUGCUGAAGGAUGGGCCGGCACAGCGCUGUGGUCGUUUGCAGGCUGGCGACCUCGUGCUCCACAUCAACGGAGAGUCAACUCAGGGCCUCACCCAUGCCCAGGUCGUGGAGCAGAUUCGUACAGGAGGCCCCCGGCUGCACCUCAUGCUAAGCAGGCCUCUUGAGACCCACCCUGGCAAGCCUAAGGAGGUGGGAGAGCCCAGGAAACGAGAUGUCUUGCCACCCUCAGAUUGCAGCCCAGAUCCUGGGGGACCAGAGAUAAUGAAGUCUCGCAGCGCCAGCGCUUACCCACUUCAGCACCUUCGAUCCCGGGGCAGCCCAGAGCCUCACCCAGAGGGGGCUGCCGAAGGCCCCGUGGUUCCUUCUCCUGAGCGCCUCACAGAGGGCCCUGACAAUGGAACCCUGGGUUCCCCAGGACCCUGGCUAGUUCCGAGCGAGGAACGGCUCUCGCGGGCCCUAGGGGUCCCGGGGACCGCGCAUCUCGCUCUGGAGAUGGCAACCGGAAGGCGGAGGCACUGAGCACGCAUCAGAAAGCUCUGUUACCACUUGGUGAGGCUCAGCCUGAAUCUGGCGCGCCCCGCCCACCGCGCAGUAACAUCGGGGGAGACUUUCUACUUGGCCUUGUCCCCCCUCCUGCUGUGCAGCCGGCCAACCUGCACUCUGCUAGCAGCAUCAGUGGUAACGGCCCUUCCGGACAGCCUAGCCCUGUGCUUUUUGUUUCAGGCGGGGGAGGUAAUAAAAUAGUUCGGUCUGG